CUUGGUGUCGCUCCAUUCUCCGCCUCUUCGAACCAUCCAUCAACCUAUCAUCUUAUGUCUUCUCCCGUGUUCAGCCUCAAGUACCGUGUCUUGUGCGUUGUCGAGAUGCAUGAGAUUCCGGAGCUGAGCGUUGCAAGCGCGCCUAUGGAUGCUCUCCUGACGAUCGUUGUGAUAUCAUAAAAUGCUGUCCCCUUGAUCGAUACUCUAUCCUAGCCGUGUUUUACUCCUUCAUCACAAGGUAGACUCGUCUCUAUUACUCUUCCCCCUUCUCUCUUUCCCCUCUAUGCAGUCUCCAGCACCAUGACCUCCCCCUCAGGCCGUCUGCAGGGUCGCGUGGCCAUUGUCACCGGCUCCAGCUCCGGACUUGGCCAAGCCAUCUGCCUCGCCCUCGCCGCGGAAGGCGCUUCGGUUUUCUGCAUUGACCUGUACCCAACCCCGCGCAACGCGAUCAACCCUUCCACUCAGCGCGCAGAUGACUUCCACAACCGCGUCACCGGCCAGCCAGGGACGCACGAGCGCAUCCGUCACAUGGGAGGCGAGGCCACUUACCACAAGGCGGACGUCACGCGGGCGCGAGACAUGGAACUCGCCAUUCGAGCCUGUGUGCAGCGAUACAAGAGGGUGGACAUCAUGGUGAACAACGCCGGCGUCAGCGUGGAGAGCACGCACCUCCGCCCCCUCCGGUGCCACGAGACGAGCGAGGAGGACUACGACAAGACCAUGGCCAUCAACGCAAAGGGCAUGUUCCUGGGCUGCAAAUACGCCCUCAAGCAAAUGCUGGACGGGCAGCCUCAGGUGUACUCCUCCAGGGGGUGGAUCGUCAACACCGCCUCCGUCCAGGGGCUCGUCCCCUUCUACGGGACCCCGUCUUACUGCACGUCCAAGGGCGCUGCCGUCAUGUUGACCAAGCAAAUUGCGCUGGACUAUGCCAAGGAUUUGAUCCACUGCAACGCUCUCUGCCCGGGCUUUCUAGAAACAAGCAUGACGCAGAACCUACAGGGCCAGCCGCAGGAGUUGCAGGACAUUGAAGGGAAGCAUCCAUUCGGGCAGAAACUGGGCAAGGUGGAGGACGUGGCGAAGGCGGCGGUGUUUUUGGCGAGCGACGAGGCGGGUUGGAUCACUGGAGUUCCCUUGCCUGUUGAUGGAGGUUAUUUACUUAGAUGAGCGUUGAGAGACUGUGAAACUACCUCGGAUGCCAGCGAGCCAAGAUAGUCAUACAUCUACGGCAUAUAGUUGCGCAGACAUGAGAAGAAGCUGCUUGAAGCCCGACUGAGCGGGCUGACCAGCAAGAGACAGAUGUCCUGGAAUACAACGCGUCUCAAAUCC